GAAUCCGUCAAGAGUAACAGUUUCAGAUCCAGCGUGGUUCUUCGGUUUGUGUGUUGUGCGCAAGGUUCUCGUUCCACCCAGAUUCAAAUCUCCCCCUUCUGUGUAUUUUUUCGGAUACCAUAUCCUUUUGCCGUGCAUCCUGAGAGUGCUGCACACGGACUGCAUAUAUACACGUACACGUUAGUCGUCGUCGGCGUUGUUAUCCUUUUCGGUGGCAUAUUCACAACAGACCGCGGCAAAAAGCAUUAUUCGCAUUCGCCAAACCAGCCAGCAAAGGGGGAACAAUCCGUGGCUAGUCCCGCUCGUCGAUUCAAUCGUUCUGAAGUUCAAGUGGAAGCAAGACGCGAAUUUCCGCGAGUCCUGCGUAAGUACGGAUCAGUUUUUUUUAUGUUGGAUACAUACCUGGAUACUGUUGGGUCCGGUUUUCAGUGCGUGUGCAGCCGCGGCGGGAUUCGAGUGAAAGUAAAGUGAUUGUUGGAAAGUGCACCGGGAAGAAGAGUGAAGUUUAAGAAAACUACCAAAGAUUUAUAGCAACUGCCCCCGGGAUCGGAUGGAUUAAGACGUGUGCUGUUGCACUGACUGGUGGUGUUUUGCUUGUGUGGCGGCCUGCUCAAGGAGCGAAGAGGAAAGAACAAGAAACGGCCAGAUAGGGUGUCCGGGCGACCGCUUGCACAAGAACCAAGGGGAAAGUAAACAAAAACGCAACCGAAUUGCACUGAAUCGGUGGUCGGUUGGACGGUGUGUUCCGGAGGCAAUUUGAAGCAGCAUUAGCAAACGGCAGAGUAACGACGACAAACGGAGCGAACGCGGCAAGAAGAUGGUACAGGCACUCGACGAAUACGAUAUUCAGCCGGAUCUUCCCCAGGCCCUCCGACUGCUGGACGAGAUGAAUAAUAACUUCAAACAGGUUUCCGACCUCGUUGGCAAUAUGCUGCAGCGAGUCAAAACGGGCGAACUGUCCACAGAGUAUGGCCUCAACUUCCUGGAGAUCAAAUAUCACAUGCUGCUCAACUAUCUGAUCAAUCUGACCUACGUGGUGCUGAGGAAAUGUUCGGGUCACAAAAUCGAGAAAGAUCCUUCGAUCGAUCGGCUCAUCGAAAUCCGCACCGUACUGGAGAAGAUCCGUCCGAUCGAUUACAAACUGCGCUACCAGAUAGAUAAACUGGUUAAAACGGCAGUCACCGGGGCGAGCGUCGCAGACGAUCCGACAUCCUUCAAAGCGAACCCGGCUAAUCUAAUGUCACAACUUCCGGAAUCAGCCGGAGCGGACGACGCUGAUUCCGGUGACGAAUCGGACGAUUCAGCCAAGGUAAUGCUGAAACUUCGGAAGGCCAAGGCAGCCAAAUCGGCGGCCGCCAAGGCCGAACCCAGCAGUAGCAGCGAUGUGUACGUGCCUCCGAAGCACAUGGCCGUGCAGUACAGUGACGAAUCAAAGUCGGAUCGGGCGCGAAAGCAAAUGGAAUGGGCACGGAAGCGCGCUCUGGGGUCGUCGAUGAUUCAGGAACUGAAGGAAGAGUAUCUGGAUACGCCGGUGGAGAUUUCCUCCAGCUCGAGAGCGAUGCAGAAGAUGUCCCGAAAGGAACGGGAACGGGAGGAGUACGAAGAGAAAUAUUUGAUGCGAUUGCCGAUGACCAAGGCGGAUAAGCAUAGAAGUCGGAAAAUGACGACGUUGGGCUCUCUCGGCGACGAACUGACGAGCUUCGGUGACAUCAGCGCCCUGGACGAUGAACAUCCGUCGUCGAAAGCCACCGGCAAGAAACGCAAAGCUUCCAAGGGCGGUAAAAAGCACGGUAAGAAAAGACGUUUCCGUUAAUUUCUAGGCGUUCGUGCUGGACAACAAAACUAUUCAACGUUUAUUCUUUCCUUGAUUAACGGUUAUGAUUUUCUCCGAGUAUGUUCUUCGAUUGAUUUAGGUUUAUAUCUAUGUUCUAUGCUUAUAUAUGUUUGAAACUUACUAGAAACCAACUGGGAACUGUUGAUUUACCAUUAUCGUUCGUUUUCCAAUUUUGCAAUCGUUGAUUUUCGUUCCGUUUAAUUUGAUUCUAAUUAGAAGGUUUAUCACAAUAAAAAAAACUAGAUUAAGCCAUUGUGGGUACAUGAUGUUUACUGAUCAUGUGCAAAAGUGAAACAAAAUAGAACGAUGAGAAAAUAAAACUAAUAAGAAAACUUACAACAAGUUACUGUUGCUGAAAUAAGAAUUAUUGAUUUUUAAAUGAAAAUACAACUCACCAAGAGCCUUUAUGAUAUAUUUAUACGAGAAUAUUUUCAAGUUUCUUCCAAUUGACGCAUGAAUGCUCUGGGCUCACAUGGGGGAGGAAAAUUGUUCCCGGCGGUCGGGCACCACCUUUCGCGCCACAAAUAUAUACAAAGAUAUUAUACUAACGGUGUAUGAAACAAAUAGCGAUUAAGUGCAACCAUAGUUACAUAUAUAUGAAGAAGCAUUAACAAGAGAACUAGUGAACAACGAUCGAUGUUCGCUGAACCAGAAACAGUUGUUGCCUUUUACAUAGUGAAUUAUAACAAACAAAUAUUCUUUUUCUAUAGACAAACAAGAUAACAUACACAGAUAACACUCAGUUGACCAGUUUUGUGUUGAAAUAAACAAAAUGCAAGUAUAAACAGAUAACCUCAGAUAAACAUGAAUCGUGGUGCUGCUGGGAUCGCCUGGAAUAAUUUACUCACACCGAAUUCGCCUGAUCAGCAACCUGUUGAUCAAACGAUGGUGGCAAGAUGAUGCCCGGUAGUUUAGAAAAUAAUACACACAUACAAUUUAAAGAAACGGCAUUAUUUUGUACAACCAUUACACAAUAGUUGUAUUGAAGGCAUUAAACAAAAGAAACAAUUUAUAAUCAUAAUCAGAUACAUUUUUAUGACAAAGCGAACGCGCAAAGAGCAAAGAAGAUAAACACUUGAAUAUUAUUCCAACCACAAAACAAAAAAAAAGUUACUACAGAUGAAAUAAUAAUAACAAUACCAGAAUAAACAGAUACAAUUCGUCCAAUUGUGCAGUGAAAUGAAAUCAAAAUACGUACAUGCAAGCAGAGUCGAAUGGGAUGCAAAUACAAUUACAGACACAGGAAUGCCGUCGUGGAAUACCGCGACAUCUAGAAAGUAGAUUAGGAACAUAAAGAUUCAUCACCCUUUUUUUUAUCUGUUAAGAUCUUCUCCAUUUAACUGUUUAUUGCUUAGUUUCUGAUUAAGUUUUCGUUUCCAAUAAAUGUUUCGUUUUUAGUUUUAGGUAA